CCAGGUCACUUGGAGGAACCAAAAUGGAACAGGGCCAUAGAGUCACACUGUGCUUUACCCUUCCUAACUGGAAGAAAUGUUGUUGUCUUUUCCAGGGCGGACGACAUCCAGCUCUGCAAAGACAUCAUGAGUCUGAAACAGGAGCUGAGGAAGGUGGUAACUGUACCAGAGAGAGAGAAGACCAAGAAACAGAGACAGUGGGAGGAGGAGUUGAUCCUGAAAAUCCAUAAACUGGUGCAGAAGAGGGAUUUCCUAGUGGACGAUGCAGAGGUGGAGAGAUUAAGGGAGCAGGAGGAGGACAAGGAGAUGGCUGAGUUCCUGAGACAGAAGCUGAUGCCUCUGGAGAAGCUGGCCAGAGAAGCUGCCCAAAAUCCCCAGAAGCCCAAGAGACAAGUCCCUGAUCCUCCGCCCAGCAAGCCGACCAUCACCAAGUCCAUCACCAUCAUCAAGGACUGCUGCGGAGCCACCCAGUGUUGUGUCAUGUAACCGUGGUUACAGAGGAGUUGAGGACAGUACACCCUCCCAUUCACAGCACCACCCUAGUAACAACAACACAGUCACACUGUACAUCUGUCACCUGACCUGGUCUCUUGGUGUCAUAUCACCUAUCGUUACAUCAUUUCCUGUGAUCCAGAGAACCCUGGUGCAAAAUGGACACCCAUAUAGAGGUGAUAGAUGGACAGGCAUGGCCACAUGUAAAUACAGUAAAUGAUGGAAAUGAAAUACAUGACACUAUAUAAUGUUAAAAGGCAAUUGGAAAUUGAAUAUAUGGGACCUGUACAGUAUUGUAAGCAAGCAACAUAAGCUACAAUGACAUUUCAAUAGACCAAUUUAUAUUGAAACAUUCUUCAGAGAUCAAUAAUGACAUAUAUUCCUCAGAUUUAUAAGCACAACGUCCCGUACCGAACCACAAAUGCAUCAUACCAAGGUUCUCUGUCCACCAGGAAAUGACAUGACUUAAUUGUUAUUCACUUUGUCAUUUUGAUAACGGGUAUUUACUGUAUGCUUCCAUUCCAACCCUUUAACGGAACAACUAGAACUCCUCUCAGACUUAGGACUGUAUGCUUAACAGGGUGGGGUCAAUACCAUUUCAAUUCAGUCGAUUACUUACCGAAUUACCAGAUUUUAAAAUGAAUUGAUCCAACCCUGAUGCUUGCUCUGGAACUGUAGAUAAUGAAACACUUCACUCACUGUAGUACAUUUUUUUAAUCCCUUUAUUGUAAAGGUAUACUUCCUAUAUAAACAGUAUUACUGAACACAGUUGCUAUGAUACCAUUUACAUUGGCAAGCUGCAACAAUCGCAUGAUUGAGUUAUUUUGUUACUCUAUGAUGUAUAUUAACGUAUCAAUAACCAGUAUACACGCAUUUAUGUUGCUAAGA